AUGGUCUGUUUCUAUGCAAUGCAGUUAGGGCACGUGUCCUUUAGGAACACAAUGAGUGGCAGUUGGUUCAUUCAGACCAUUACCAAAGUCUUCAUGCAGUACGCCAAGGACAACAGCCUACUCGAGAUGAUGACAAAGGUGAUCGACGACGUUUCCAAACGAACGGUUCGGUCACCAUUCAAGUCUACCAUCUCUGGGGGCAAGCAAGUGCCCGAUUUUGUCUCCACUUUACGCAAGCCGCUUUACUUCUUUCCUGAUUCUGGAUCAGUACCAGAUGAAGUAGAGUUGGGAGGGCCUGAAAUGAGAGCUCUGUACGAUCGUGCCUGUGAAGAAGGAACCAUAGAGAUGUACAGCACCCGAUUUGUACUUAUCGGCAAGUUCGGCAACGGCAAAACUAACCUGUGUAACAGCCUACUUGGGGACGACUUUGAACCCGAGUGGAAAAAAACCGACAGCAUUGCGAUCCACCCAUGUGUCAAGACUGAGGGACAGCAAUGGAAGGAACAAGAAGGCCAACAGGAUCAGUUCCCCUACGCGGCUGCAGAAUGGAUUAUAAACAAGAUGGAAGAUGACCAACAAAAAAGCUCCAAAUCACCCGCUGAGUACAGUCAAGCCCAAAAUGAAUCUUUUGGUAACACGCAAAGUGCAAUGACCAAUCUUGCGGAAGCGCCAGAACCACAACCAUCCGAACCGACGAAACCAAUCAUAGCAGCUGGUGAGGUACAGUUUGUUGAGACGCCUCCGGAAAACAAUGAGGUUCGAGCAGAAACUUAUCUAAAAACAGAGGAGAUCUUCAGAAGCUUCCGAAGAAAUGAAGACCAUUCCAGUCUCCUCGGUACGAGAGAGUACCCCCUGAUUUCUAUCUGGGAUUUUGGAGGCCAGGAGAUUUUCUACAGUACCCAACAAGUCUUCUACACCCGUCGGGCAAUCUACGGCAUGACCAUGGACCUCACCAAGCCUUUGAAUCUCACCGUGAAGACAGCUUCUGAUAGUGGUCCACCUUGUCAUCUUCAUAAAGAAAAGGACUACAUCGACUAUCAUCUGGAGUCCAUUCGGAUGCAUACAAGAUCAACAAGGAACACCAAACCACCACCUGUAUUCUUCAUCUUCACACACAAGGACCAAGUCACAGAGGAGACAAAGCAAACGUUCCACGUCGAAACAAGAAAGCAUCUUAAAGGUAAGGAAAUCAACAAGCACGUCAUUGGUCAGUACUUUUCAGUGGACAACACAAAACGGAAUCCAGAAGAUCCAGAGAUGGCAGAGUUGAGAAAUGCUAUUUUGGACCUGGCCAAAAAACAGAGCUACAUGGGAGAGAGGAUCCCCAUCAAGUGGCUGGAGCUGAAAUCAAAGUUACAGGACAUGCACAAGGAGGGCAAAAGGUACUGCAGCCUGAAACAAGUGAUGGAAGCUAUUGGCAGUCCUCCUGCAGGAACCACACCAGAAGAGAACGCCAUCAGCAUCCUGACCUUCUGGCACCUCUGUGGAGACAUCAUCUACUUCCCGGAGAUUGAGAACCUCCGCAACUUUGUGAUCCUGGAACCACAGUGGUUUGUGGAUGUCUGCAAAACCAUCAUCACAAUCCCGCAGUACCAGGAUCAGGGUCCCGGAGAUAGAGACGACUGGGACUGGCUGAGAGAAACCGGAGAGUUAAGAGAUCGUUUGAUUGAACAAGUGUGGGGAAACAGGAAAGAUCUGAUCGACCACAAGCAAGAGCUGUUGGACAUGAUGGAGAAGUUUGAUCUGGUUCUUCGGUGCCAUGGGAAUGAGGAGAGUGGUUCCAAGUCUGUUGUUGAAGAGGCGACAUACUUUGUUCCCGCUUUGCUCACAACAGUAACUGAUGCCAAGAGGCUCUACCCAAGCAAUACAGCAUGCAGCAAGCCGAUCUUUAUCGUGUUUGACGGCAAAUUCUGCCCAGUUGGACUGUACCAUCGGUUGGUCGUCAGUAGCAUGCGCCGCUACUUCAACGUCAAACCAGAGGCAUACGCGUCAUGUGCAAAGUUCCUGACAGGUAACCCAAGGCAAACCUUCCUCAUCACUAAAGAGACAUUCUACCUGAAGAUUGAGUUGGUGUCCUCGGUCCAGGAUGACGCAAGUCGCUUCAGCCAUGGUCCCUGUGUGAGGGAAGGUCUAGAUGAAGAUCUGAAGGAGAUCAUGGAGAAGUGGGCUCCAGGUAUCGGGUACGAGUGGUGCCUCAGAUGCUGCUGUGCUGACCACAAAGCAAAGGGGGAUGUCGACCGUACGCGUUUCCUCCCUAUUGCAGAGGCCACGGCUACUGACGGCUUCAAGAAUGGCAAUGUGGUUUGUAAGCUCUACGGACCUGCAACUACCUCAGUCUCCGAUAUUGGUCUCACCGACUGGUUUCAUGACCCGCGUACAGAAAGGGCAGACAAAAGGUCAUCCGCUCAUCAGAGGAGUCAAACAUCAGAAACGUUUCAGAAGUUGAAAAAACUGCUAACAGAGGUGAGGGUAGAGGACGACUCUCAGGCUGACACCUACACCAGACUGGCCAGGCACGUGGUUCAGUCAGGGCUGACCUUCCGGGAUGAGGUGCCGAAGGACGGAAACUGCAUGUUUCACGCCGUGGCCGAUCAGCUCUUCCGUACGGAGGGGAGACGAGUCAGCCACGGGGAGCUGCGCAAGCAAGUGGUUGACUUCUUGAGGCAGAAUCCACAUAAUGGUAAUGGCGACCAUUUCAGUGACUUCGUCCCAGAUCAAAACUGGGAAGGCUACCUGAGUACCAUGUCACAUGAUGGGACGUGGGGAGACCACAUCGUCCUACAGGCCAUGGCGGACAUGUUUGGUCAUGACGUCAGCAUCGUGUCCAGUGUAGAGGCGGAGAACUACGUCACCAUCCUAACACCAAGUACCGGGACUGUGGGCAGGAGAGAACCUCCUCUGCUACUGGGGCAUUAUGCCGAGAACCACUAUGCAAGUCUGGAUGGGAAGACAAGGAAAAGGUCGGCUGGUAUUGUCAGGUCACCCGACCAGGAGAAACCUGCAGCUGCGAAGCGCCGAAAGCAUCACCCCAGUGCAAAGCAAGAAGAAGGAGGAUUCGGACAAAAUGCUAACGUUACACCUGCGACGAAGAAGAGACCGAUCGCAAAGGUGCAAGCCAUGUUUCUGUCAGCAGCACCAUCAGGAAUAUCUUCUGUACAGCCCACAGCUUCAGCACAACCCACAUCCCCGACUGAAGACGCGCCACCAGAUAUACGUUCAUCAGAGUUCUCUGACGAUUCUGACGACUUUGUAUUAGUAUCGCCUGUUUAA